UUACAGUUCUACGCAAAUAGUGAUUCUUGUAACAAUAAAUAUUUUGUGUUCAAAUAUAUUUUGGUUGUUUUUGAUUUUUUAACACUGUGAUUACUGUAGUGUAUUUGAUUAACAUUAUUUACAAAUACUUGUUGAAUUUGUGGUUAUAAACUUUGUUUAAUAUAAAAAAAAAGAUGCAAUCAAAAUUCCCAUUGUCAUUAGAAAAUUUACCGAGACCGGAGAAGUUUCUUGGAUUCCCACUUAAAAUAGGAUGCAUCGUUUCAGGUCUUCUUGUUAUUUUGUACUCGGUGCUGGCCAUUGCAAAAUGUUCAGUAUAUCUAACCAUACUACCACAAUACAUGUCCAGUUCGGACCUAGACGGAAUACUAAGCUAUGCGGCGGUGCUAGGAGUUACCAUAUCUCAUGCGGUCACUUUGUUCCUGAGUGCUUUCAUGCUAGUCGGGGUUUUAAAGGAAAAAAGUUACUUCAUGAGACCUUGGGUGGUUUGGGUAUCCAUACAGGUUAUUGUCUCCAUAGUAAUGUUUGUGUUUUGGAGCACUAUGAACGUGAUCAAUAAUUUCGCUGACAACUCUCUACUUGUGUAUAUGUGCGAACUUUUAGUUAUAUUGGGUCGUGUUUACACUCUAACAUUAGUAGGAAGUUAUUACAAACACCUGGAAGAAAGAGGGGAAAACGAACGAUUGAUUAAAAUCAUAAUUAGUGAUUCCUCUAACGUGUCCUAUUCUAAUGCAUAGAUUACUUUAAAAGAUUGAUAAUAAUAAUAAUAAAAUAUUGUUGACUA